CCUUAUCCGCUCACUGAUUGGUCAGGACUAACCGGGGACGCGUUGGUGCUUCGCUGCUCGCGCUUCGUGUGAGGCGCGAGUUGGGCUGCCUAAACGUUCGGCUUGAAGAGACAUUAAGAGCAGGAGGGGGAAGAGGAGAAGCCGCCGCUGUCGCCGCCAUUCCUGAAACUGCGAUGACGUUCAAGCGCAGCCGAGACCGUUUCUAUAGCACCCGGUGCUGUGGUUGCUGCCAUGUCCGCACGGGUACUAUCAUCCUGGGGACUUGGUAUAUGGUGGUAAAUCUCCUGAUGGGCAUUUUGCUUACAGUUGAAGUGACUCAUCCAAAUACUGUGCCAACAGUAGAUAUCCAAUAUGAAGUUAUUGGUAACUAUUAUUCCUCCGAGAGAGUGGCUGAAAAUGCAUGUGUUCUCUUCGCCAUCUCGCUCCUCAUGUUCACAAUCAGUGCUAUGAUGGUGUAUGGAGCAAUUGCUCAUCGAGUUGGCUGGCUGAUUCCAUUCUUCUGUUACCAGCUUUUUGACUUCGUCCUCAGCUGUCUGGUGGCCAUAAGUUCUCUCACAUACUUGCCAAGAAUAAAAGACUAUUUGGAUCAGCUACCAGAGUUCCCAUAUAAAGAUGACCUUCUUUCCCUUGAUUCAAGCUGUCUUCUGUUCACUGUUUUGGUGGUGUUUGUCUUGGUCAUCAUUUUAAAGGCCUAUCUUAUUAACUGUGUAUGGAACUGCUAUAAAUACAUUUGCAACAGAAACUUGCCUGAAAUAGCUGUAUAUCCUGCAUUUGAAGCACCUCAGCAGUAUGUCCUGCCAACCUAUGAAAUGGCAGUGAAGAUGCCAGAGAAAGAACCUCCACCUCCUUACAUACCAGCCUGAAGCAGUGCAACAUGUGGUGAAAUACCUAUACCAGCUUCAUUUUUUAUACUGCAAGACUGCUUUAAGUAUUCAAGGCUUUAGGAGCAACACUAUAUGGUUGAGAGGCAUUUGAUAUAACCUUACUAAACAAAAUUCGUACGGGAAUGAUUCUUCCACCCCUUCUUGGUAGCUUAAUUUUAUUCAUCCCCUUAAUCCUCUUACACAGUUACUGCCUUAAGGCACUUGUGUGUCCCUCUAUAACUUUAUUCACAUGUAUUAGCUGUUUCAUUUAACUUGGAUCAGUAAAAAUUAGUCUAGAAGAUAGCUGUUCACAAGAUCAGACAUUGUACACAUUCAGAAGGACAAUCUGGUCAGAUGGCAAGAUAAUAGUGUUUUUAUUUUUAUUUUUUUGUUUUUUAGUGGGGAAAGGAGUGCAAAUGUGGUAUAUAAUUAUAUCUAUGCAUUUACUUAUCACUUUCUCCUUUAUGUUAUCUUUUACUGUGUUAUCCUAUGCCUUGAAACAAUAUUUUCAGGAAGCCUAAAGUUGGCACUGCAGUUUGAAAUUUUUACCAUAUGCUGUGAAUGCAGGAAAAGUGCACACAGAAAUUACAUUUGUGUCAGUUGCAUGCUUCUAAUCUGUAUGUAUUUUCAUCUUUGUUUAUACAUGAUGCUUUAAUAAAUCUUGUUUAAAAAAUAA